AUGGUCUGCGCCUACAUCAACCCCUGCAUACUGGUUCGCGCCUGCUUCCGCGCAUGUUUAAAAUCUUUCCGGUGUGACGAGAUCUUGGACCGGGACAUCCUCCCGGAUUGGUGCCCCAGAGCAGCCGAUCUGAAGAGCCCCACUGAGGUCACCGGGCUCGAUCAUUUCGACGACGACGACAACCGGAGAGCUGGAGGGCAGAAGGAGAGGCGCUGGUGGGCCGAAUUUCUAAAAAGCAUUUUAUUUUUACUGCUGGGCAUGGUCCUCACCAGCAUCUAUUUCUAUCUGGUGUUGAUCCGCAUGAGCUACAACUUCAACUUCUGCAUCAUCUCCACCCUCUUCAUUGGCUUAUUCCUCUGCAUGGGCAUUCCCUUCUUCACCCGGAUCCGGGUCACCGUCUUCUUGAUGGGGCCUCAUUUCUUCUCUGCUCUUUUAGGAUACGCAAGGGUCAUCACCCUGAUCAUCAUCCUUUCCCUGGCCAUGAACGGACCAGCAGCCAACAUCACGGAGAACUUUCAGCGAGUCAUAAAUUCCAGCGCCUGCGGUGUGCAAGUGGUCAUGAAUCAGACCUUGGAGAUCGUGGAGCGCGUCAAGGAACCGCUAAUGAGGGUUUUGAAUUUCCUGCAAGAAAUGGCGGGCAAAGUAAAGAAUGUCGCCGGAAAAGCCAAGAAUUUUUUUCAAAGAAUCAAAGCACAGAUGAAAGUGAUUGGUCUAACUCUGAUUUCUUUCUUUCUUGUAGGAAAGACGCUCGGCCACAUGUGGUCCUUCAUUCACAGCAUCGGAAACAUCUGCAACGAAGAGCUUUUGAACCCAUAUAAGAAGUGCGCCAAGAUAUUUACGGAUGCCAAGGAAGAUUGCUAUGACAGAGGAGCCGGCUUUCUUUGCGAAUUUGUAGAUACCGUCUCAUGGGUAUGCCACGUGGCCAAAAUUAUCCAAAUCAUCUGUAUCAUACCGACCUACGUAGGAGAAUAUAUACAGAAGAACUUCAAAGCUCCUAUCAUGUCGGUGUUGCAAGAUCUUAAGAAUAAAUUUGAUUACAAUAUGACCAUCAACUACGAACUUGGUGGAACGGUCAACUCUAGCAAGAGCAUAUUCACCAUUGCUCGUGACAUCAUGGAGGAAGUAAAGGCGGAUCUCGAUCCUUACCGGGAGAUCUUUCAACUGUUUUCCUACUCCGUCUUCAUUAUUGCCAUCUUCACCUACUUUAAGGCUCUCUCUUAUCUUCGAAGUUAUGCCAGCGAUGACAACUAUGACAACAUUUAUAUUACGCGGGAAUUCAUUCGUAUGGAUGCAAGAAGAAUCAAGCAAGGAUUGACAAGUCUUCUGCCACUCUCCGAGACAGAAUCUUACGGGCUCGUCCGACCAAUGGACUUCAAAUUGACAAGAAAGGAGAGAAAGGGAUAUACCUUUGAAAUCUUCAACGUAUUUCAGAGCCAGUUACUCGUCUCUUUUAUUAUCGCAGCCGACUAUUUUGUGUACUGGUGCAUAGCAGCGAUUUCUUCUGUCCUGAAUGGAGACCUCGUCGUGAAAGUAUUUCUUCUUUCUUCACCAGCACCGUAUACUCUUAGACUCAAUAUUACAGGAAGCGGCUUUAUAAAUAGCAUCCUUGCCAAGCUGGCGGACGCGCUGGAUGCCAUCGGGCAAAAAAACUACACUGUGAUCUCCAAGGAUUGUAUCCCUGUACCUUCGGAGCCGAAUUACUACGUAUAUCUUAUGAUUGAAAACAUAAGUAUGACUAACCCUCUUUGUUCUCUUUUCUAUUCUCUAUUCACAGCUGGCUUGUACAUUUUCGCCUUCUUCUCGUCGGCCAUGGGAGUCUACAUCCACAGGCUGAAAAGGUGUGUUUGCGCGUGGUACUUUCCACAACGGGAGCAGGAACGGUUAUGCUUUCUGUUCAACAACCUGCUGACCAAAAGGAUGAACCUGGAAACAUCUUUGAAGAAGAGCAUACGGAUGAAUUCAGCAGACGGCCACUCCAACGUCCUGAUGGUCCUUGCAGCACAGAUUCCUGGAUUUAGCUUCCUUACCAAGCUUUUUGGAACCACGGAACGGUACUGCAUGUCGUGUGCCAAAAUGACCACGCCGGCCACCAGUGAUCAGUUUGUGGAAUGCAUGACCACCAGCUGCAAAGGUUUAUACUGCAAGAACUGCUUUGAGAUCCUACACAACAUCUGCCUCAUCUGUAUGGGUCCAUUGGCCUACAAAGAGGACAUCGACGAGGAACUCCGUGAUGAGCAGCUUGAACUGUGGAUCGAGGCGAUGAAGCAAUUGAAGGGAAAGAGGGCCGAGAAGAGGAAGAUGAAGGGAGCCCUGAAGAAGCGCCUGAGACACAUCGUUAGAAGACGGGGAUUGGAGACAGAAAUUGUCCAAAAAUACGUCGCGGCCCGGCAGCAGGACAGUGAUGGGGAAAGCUCAGGCUUCAGUGAACACAGGUCUAGCUCAGAGUCUGAAGUCACAGACUACGAGUACCAGGACAGAUCGGAGAGCAGCGAUUCAGAGAGGGAAGACUGGCCAGCUCCAGAAGAAUACAGAGAGCCUCCAGAUCUCUUUCACCGGGGCAGCUUAGGCCCUGGCUAAAGGAAUAGGAUCGGACACCUGGAGAUGGGAUAUGGGCCAGCGUGAUGAAG